UCCAGGAGGUGUGAGGAUUACUUUCAUUUUCCCGAUUUUUUUAAUGCCAGAUCAUCGUCAUCAUCAACAUCUUCAAAUAAGCAACCGGGAGUGCGUUAUAUUUAUCCUUGUUUUGUUGUGUGCUUAUUACGUGUACAGGACUGAGUACUCAAGCAAUCCCAUAAAAAUGAGUCACCACAAAGAUGAGGAAAUUUAUGAAGAUAAAGGCCUCAACAACUUCUGUGAGCAACUCUGGGACUCUGAUGAAAACAGAUUGGUGCCAGAUAAAGACUAUGACCUAGAUUUACAGGGCAGGACACGUUACUCAUAUGAUGGACCAGACCAAGCUGACGAUCCUCUAUUCGCAAAAGUUGAUCCAUCAGUUUUUCAAAGACCAACUUACAAAGCAUUUAUGGCUUUAUUGGAUAACUACGAAAGUGCUACUGGUGUCGCAGAAGAAGUAACUCCCCAAGAAGAGAAAGAAAAUUGGAAUUUCAUCAAUCUUGUCUUUGAAUCCAAGUGUAUGCAGCUGGCUUACAAAUUUUUGAAGUACAAGGGAAAAGCAACGAAAGACGAAGCUAAAUUUAAACAGCAGUUCUAUGAUAUGUGGUUUAAGUUGUAUUUUAGAUCACGAGCAUCAAGACGGCCUGACUCAUCUGGUUUUGAGCAUGUAUUUGUUGGCGAAACAAGAGGCGAUAAAGAAGUUAUUGGUUUUCACAAUUGGAUCCAAUUUUACCUCCAAGAGAAAGCGAAAAACGUAGAUUACAAAGGUUUUAUGUCAAGUGACAGGAAUCCACAUCUACUAACCAUUCAAUUUUCAUGGAAAGGUGAAGUCAAACCGAAAGGUUCAUGUUUAAUUGGAGUAUCACCAGAAUUUGAGAUCGCGCUGUAUACUGUCGCCUACUUGAUGGGUCAUUCUGCAUACAAAAUCACUCUGGGUGGUGACCCGGUCAUCAUUAAAUGUCAUACUACUGCUGGAAAGAUUGGGACAUGCUAUCCACAGAUGCCAAACUGGCAACGUCGAAAAUCUAGUCCACAGACAGUCAUAGCUGAUGCUGACUUUUCAAAUGUUGUCAAUAAAUUAUGGUCGCUUGACAAAAACAGAGUGUCAAUUGGUAAUGACGUAAGACUUGCUUUUCAGGGACGUGUACAUUGGUAUGAUGAUGGUACUGACGCUGCUUCUCAAAAUUUGUUUUUUAAUGUCAGAAGUGACAUCUUAAAAAAACCUACAUAUAAAGCAUUUAUUGCGCUUUUAAACAACUACCAGAGAAACACAGGAAUAAAAGAAAGCAUAACCAACUCAGAAAUAUCCGAAAACUACAACUUUUUGAAUCUUGUUCUCAAUACCCCAGUUAUGAGGGAAGUAUAUUCGUUUCUCAAACGCAAAGGGCAAGCGAGUCACGACUUUCGACAGUUUAAACAAAAAGUAUACGAUUUGUGGUUUCGACCUUAUUAUCGCUCAUCAAAGGACAGGGUUCAAGAUUCGUCAGGAUUUGAACAUGUAUUUGUUGGCGAAAUCAACACUAACGGUGUGACAGGAUUUCAUAGUUGGUUGCAACUUUUCCUGGAAGAAAAAAAUAAAAAAUUAAACUACAUGGGUUACUUAAAAAAGCCUUCCUAUAAUCCAUAUCUCGUCAUGUUGCGAUUCAAGUGGUAUAACGAACUAAAAGUAAUUGGAUCGUGUUUCAUGGGUACAUCACCUGAAUUUGAAAUCGCUCUGUACACGCUGGUGUUUCUGAUGAAGUAUGACGAAGUGACUUUUACAAUGAACGGAAUGAAAGUAAAAGUAACGUGUCAUGGUAUCAAUCGAAAUCGAAGUAUUGGAACAUGCUAUCCUGAUUUGUUAUAAACUAUCAAAUAACUUUUUUAGUUUGAAAAAUAUCUCAUUAACAUGA